AUGGUCCUUAUGGCUAUUGUGGUUGGUACCGAGGUGGUUUUACUCGCAAUCACUAUGCAUCUAUGGCCACCCAAGGUCAAAUUGGUACUUGCCGGUAAACCGGCAGACGAGGGAUUCCGGGUGGAAGAAAGUGAAUAUCAGGUGAUUGUGCAAAUCGGCAUCGAUGAGAAUCGCCUCGUCUGUUUCGAAUCGCUCAGUGUGACCAUGUUCACUGGUUUGCUCAUUCCCGUAUUCCUGAUGAUUGUGACCAUGGUCCACGCGUAUAAAAUUCGUAAAGUUCCAACCGGAUUCAACGAGGCUCGAGCGCUCGGGUUUGUGAACUAUGUGAACGCAAUCUUGUUCAUCAUGAUCCCGCUGAUGAUGCACAUGAUCCCGUUGCACACAAUCGAAAUGAUCCCGCUCAGCGCGUUACUCAUAGUCACUGCGACCAAUCAGCUGUGUGUGCUCAUUCUGCCCAAAGUUAUGCAAACUGUAUCAGUCGGUGAAGGUUGA